GAGCCCGAGUCCCCGCGGCCAGAGCGCAGCCCGAGCGCAAAGCGAGCCUGCCCACCGCCGCCAUGGCCACCACGGUGACCUGCACCCGCUUCACUGACGAGUACCAGCUCUAUGAGGAUAUUGGCAAGGGGGCUUUCUCUGUGGUCCGACGCUGUGUCAAACUCUGCACUGGACAUGAGUAUGCAGCCAAGAUCAUCAACACCAAGAAGCUGUCUGCCAGAGACCAUCAGAAGCUGGAGAGAGAGGCUCGAAUCUGCCGCCUGCUGAAGCACUCCAACAUUGUGCGGCUCCAUGACAGCAUUUCUGAGGAAGGCUUCCACUAUCUCGUCUUUGACCUGGUCACGGGUGGGGAGCUCUUUGAGGACAUUGUGGCGAGGGAGUACUACAGUGAAGCUGAUGCCAGUCACUGCAUCCAGCAGAUCCUGGAAGCGGUUCUCCAUUGCCACCAAAUGGGGGUUGUCCACAGAGACCUCAAGCCUGAGAACCUGCUCCUGGCCAGCAAAUGCAAAGGUGCAGCAGUGAAGCUGGCGGACUUUGGCCUGGCCAUCGAGGUCCAGGGAGACCAGCAGGCAUGGUUUGGGUUCGCUGGCACUCCAGGAUACUUGUCCCCAGAAGUCCUACGCAAGGAGGCCUAUGGCAAGCCCGUGGAUAUCUGGGCGUGUGGGGUGAUCCUCUAUAUCCUGCUUGUGGGCUACCCACCAUUCUGGGACGAGGAUCAGCAUAAACUGUACCAGCAGAUCAAGGCUGGAGCAUAUGAUUUUCCAUCCCCUGAGUGGGACACUGUUACUCCUGAAGCAAAAAACCUCAUCAAUCAGAUGCUUACCAUCAACCCUGCAAAGCGCAUUACAGCUCAUGAGGCACUGAAGCACCCGUGGGUUUGCCAACGCUCCACGGUUGCCUCCAUGAUGCACAGACAGGAGACGGUGGAAUGUCUAAAGAAGUUCAACGCAAGAAGAAAGCUUAAGGGAGCCAUCCUUACCACCAUGCUGGCUACACGGAACUUUUCAGUGGGCAGACAGACCACCGCUCCUGCCACAAUGUCCACCGCGGCCUCCGGUGCCACCAUGGGGCUGGUGGAGCAAGCCAAGAGUCUUCUGAACAAGAAGGCAGAUGGCGUCAAGCCCCAGACGAAUAGCACCAAAAACAGUGCUGCAGUCACCAGCCCCAAGGGGACGCUACCUCCUGCCGCCCUGGAGCCUCAAACCACCGUUAUCCAUAACCCUGUGGACGGGAUUAAGGAGUCCACGGACAGCACCAACACCACCAUAGAGGAUGAAGACACAAAAGCUCGCAAGCAAGAAAUCAUUAAGAUUACGGAGCAGCUCAUCGAAGCGAUCAACAAUGGUGACUUUGAGGCUUAUGCGAAAAUCUGUGAUCCAGGCCUCACCUCCUUUGAGCCUGAAGCUCUGGGCAACCUAGUAGAAGGGAUGGACUUCCACAGAUUCUACUUUGAGAACUUGCUCGCCAAGAACAGCAAGCCGAUCCACACCACCAUCCUGAACCCGCACGUGCACGUCAUAGGUGAGGACGCGGCCUGCAUCGCCUACAUCCGUCUUACGCAGUACAUUGAUGGCCAGGGCCGGCCCCGCACCAGCCAGUCAGAGGAGACCCGCGUGUGGCAUCGCCGCGAGGGCAAGUGGCAGAACGUGCACUUCCACUGCUCAGGCGCGCCCGUGGCCCCUCUGCAGUGAGGUGAGGUGAGGCGCA